AUGCCGUCACCGGCUGCUGCACCUUCCACUCGUACUGCUUCACCGACACUGGCGCAAUACAACACUGGCUCGAGUACGAAUAACACUACCACUACCACUACCCCCAGCUCCGCCAUGCCCGCCGCGAUGCCCUCGGUGACGUCUGCCAGUACACCUUUAGGCGGUGGCUCAGGAAGCGGAGGAGCAAUGGCCCGACCACCGAUCAUGAAACGACAUAGCAGUCAGAGCUCCCAUGGUGCUGUUCCACGUGGAGUCACUAGCCCAGGCUCGGCGAGCGAACACCACCCGCUACGACAUACAGUCGGAGGAGCCAAAGGCCGGCACGCGAAGAUUGUUCUACCGAGGAAUCACAGCAGCGGGCGGAAUCUGGCCAAAAUGGGACGGCAGGCUGCGGCUGCUCAACAGCAGGCGGCGGCACAGUUUGCGCAGCAGCACCAGCAAGAGGAUGGGAGGAAGCAUCAUCAUGCGCGGCAGAGGAGUCAUGAGGGGGAUACGGAGAUCAGGUUGCCGGGUUCGUUGGAUGAGGACAGGCCGGCGAUGAGGAGGAAUAUGACGGCUUCGGAGUUGCCAAGGAAUCAGUCGAGGACGAAGCUGAAGAAGAACCUGUCGCAUGGGCAGUUGACGCGCUUGUCGAGUGGGAAGAAUUUGGCUGCGAUGGGGUCCGGGAAGAAUCUGGCUGGAAUGGGGUUGAAGGGUGGGAAGAGGAGUCGGCCGCAGAGCGAGGAGAUCCAACUGCACAAGGAGAAGGAUCUGCAUGAACAGGAGGUGGAGCUUUUGAGACAGCAGGAAGCGCGGAGAGCGAGCAGGGAGAAUGGUGGGCCGAAGAGAGUGGGCUUCGCGGUGGGGAGUGUGGGCGGCGAUACCAGUGCGGAGGAUGAUGAGACGACCAAGAUGGAAGGGACGGAGCCGCAGGAGGAUGAGUGGACGGAGGAGAGCGCGAGCGCGAGUCCGUACGGUACGAGGCAGAAUACUGCCAAUAAUUCGCGAAGAACGAGUGUCGCGCAGGACAAGCCGCCCGAUAGAGCAGCUGCGAGGUUGCAGCAUCCGGCUGUAAAUUUCAGUAUGCAAGAAGCGAGGAGCUUGAAAGAAGUGCAGGUCCAGGAGCCUCGAAAAGAGUCACAAGCUGAAGCAGAUGGUACACCUGCUGCAAGCGAUGCAUCGGACGAGAGUGCGACGAGUCCUAAAAGCAUGCCACCUGCCCCGAUCAUACAAGCAUCUCCAUCUCCUGAAAAGGAGCCCUCCCCGCCGCCACCUUCACCACCGGCGAUAGAGAAGCAAGCCGUGACUCCCGUACCGCAUAUUCGAAGUCCACUGCACGGUGCGAAAGAGCAUCCCAAUCCCACAGCCAAACGACUCACGAGCGCACAACUACCUGCUCCGGCAUUGCUCAGCAGUAUCAGCGCUCUCGACGAUGGACACAGUGGACAUGGUUCGCCAGCUCCAUCUUUGCGCUCGGCACGGUCUGCACUCGGUAAUGAUGGAGCAGCGGACCAGGAUGCGGACGAGCUCGUUUCUCGCUUUGUGCCUAGUGCUUCGCAUCCUACGACAGGCAGUGGCAGCAAUACUAACCCGAUGAACACACCCAGAACAGGCAGCCUCCAGGGUCACACACCUGAGGAUGAAAGCUCUAUGCCUCGAGUCAGGACAAGGCCUACCACCUUCCGUGCUGGACCCGUCAGCCCCGACUCAACCCGAUCUGGCUCUUCUGGCGUCACGACACCGGCAAUGGGACGAAGUCGGAUCGAGCUGAAAAUGAUGCAAGAUAAAGCCCUCGCAGACCGAGAAGCUGCGGCGGAGAGACAGCCGUUGGUACCCCAUCAUAUCUACGAUCGACGAAACGAAACACUGAAGUCUUACCUCAACCUCGCCACACUAAAUGCACACGACGGCAGGAACAACAGUCUCCCAGGCCCAACAAACACCUACUCCAUGGGCCCCGAAAUCUUCCAAGGCCGCUUCAAGGCCGUAAACACGGAACUGAAAGUCGUCCAGAAAUUCCGCGACCCUAUCGCCGACUCACUAGAGCGCUUACGAAAAUGCCGGAAUGCAAAGACCAGUACACGUCUCGGCACAGCAGCAAGGACAAACCCUGCCGCAGCCGCCGCCGCCGCAACAGAACUCAAGAUGAGUAAAUCCGCCGUCUCCCUCCCCGCACGACCACGACAGGGCCACGAGCCGAGUAAACUCUCGACUUCCGCUUCGCCUCCUAGCGGUGUUGUGCCAACUGGUGCGCACGCCAAGAGCGAGAGUCCGCAGAAAUCUGCUUCGGCUUUGAUAGGUGGGGGAAGUAAGAGUGCUGUGCAACUUCCCGAGCAGUCGCAGUUGCACUCGCAGUCCCAGUCGGAAAGACGACGGACUGGGUCAAGGCGGGGUGUUAGUUUUGCUGGGGCGGAGAGUACGUUGUCCAGUAGUCAUGUUGAGAGGGAACGAGAGCGUGAGGGGGAGGGGGAGGAGAGGGAGAUGAGGGUUGAUGGGAUUGCUAGGAUGCUUUGGAAUAGUGUUGGCUGA